ACAGGAUUAGCAAGGCUUGGACUGGACUAGACUAUAGUCCUGUGUUUGGUGUGCAACCGGAUUAGCUUUAAUGGGCUUAGGUGGGACUCGCUCGGAUUACACGCCUCCUUACAAGUUCUUAACGAAGAACCCCAAUUUUGGGCGGACUCGUAAGCACGGAGAGAAAACCGCGAGGAUCCCCAACGUCCUGCUCGUCCUCAUCUCUGCGAGGAUCCCCAACGUCCCUCGUCCUGCUCGUCGCUCGUCGUCGAUCUUGCCCUGCUUCCUCGUCGUCGUUCUCCUCACCCUCAUCGACGAAAGCUUCUCGUUGGUGCCCAACCCCAUGCCUUUGCCUCCCAUCAACGAUCUCACUUGCAUUGUCACUGGAUCCACCAGCGGCAUCGGCCGCGAAAUCGCCAGGCAGCUGGCGGAAUCAGGCGCGCAUGUUGUAAUGGCGGUGAGGAAUACGAAAGCAGCUAAUGAGUUGAUCCAGAAGUGGCAAAAUGAAUGGUCUGGAAUGGGGCUUCCUCUCAAUAUUGAGGUAAUGGAACUUGAUCUGCUUUCAUUGGAUUCUGUUGUGAGAUUUGCCGAAGCAUGGAAUGCUCGUUUAGGACCUCUCCAUGUUCUUAUCAACAAUGCUGGGAUAUUUUCAAUUGGAGAGCCGCAAAAGUUUUCUAAAGAUGGUUACGAAGAACACUUGCAAGUGAAUCAUCUGGCUCCAGCGUUGCUAUCCGUCUUGCUAUUGCCUUCCCUUAUUAGAGGAUCUCCGAGUCGAAUUGUUAAUUUGAAUUCCGUUAUGCAUUAUGUUGGCUUUGUUGACACAGAAGACAUGAACGUUGUUUCCAGGAAAAGAAAAUAUACAAGCUUAGUGGGUUACUCAAGCAGCAAGUUGGCACAGAUUAUGUUUAGUAGUGUCCUACAUAAGCGGCUGCCUGCUGAAUCUGGCAUUAGUGUAGUGUGCGUUUCACCUGGAAUUGUCCAGACUAAUGUUGCAAGGGAUCUACCCAGGAUUGUUCAGGCUGCGUAUCAUCUAGUACCUUAUUUGCUGCAACAUUCACUACUUUGCUGGCGGCCGUCGUAAGCACCCCAGGCGCCGCCGCUGGUUUUCUGUUAAAUGGGUUUUUUUCUUUAUUUGAGUUAUUUUUGUUUUUGUGGGGAAGAAGAUUGGUAGAUGAUGUGGUCCAAUCUGGGAACCAAUGCAUUUUCUUAAACGGCUGAGAUUGAAAGACUGAUUUGGCCUGGUAGAGCAUCCAAGUAAAAAUUUGGGUGUGUAAUCUGUGUGUGUGCAUCUGUAU